AUGACCAGACCCAAGGUCCCAGACGACAAACGCCAACGGACCGCCCAGGCCUGUGACACCUGUAAGCGCAGGAAGCAGAAGUGUAAUGGUACUCGCCCGUGUGCCACAUGUACCAAGAGGAGCCUGGUGUGUACCUACACCACAAGCAACGGCUCCGAGCAGGCUCUCCCGGACCAAAUAGCGUCUCCCUCCAAGCGUCGCAAUAUUGAAGAGCCGCCCGCCGCAACUCCAGUGGCCCCCGAGGGCUCUCUUGCAUCCGCGAGUCCCGCGGCGGCUACGACGCCAUGGGAAUCCAAGCCGCAGCAACCGGCUACCGAAGAUAAUCCAACCGUGGGGUUUGACAUACGGCCCUCUGUCGAAAAUGACCACGAAGCGACAGCAGGGAACCGAGAGUUCGACAUCCGCUCGAGGCAUAGCACAGCAUCGGGACCGGACGAGGAAACCUCGCUCAUACAGUCGACCAGGAUGUUACAGGACCCCACGGGCAGACUUCUCUAUGUGGGCGACUCGGCGUCGCUGGCGUACCUGCAGCUCAUACGGAUGAUCGUUGAGGCGAGCGUUGGCCCCAGCGACUUCACUUUGGACCCCAACCGCCACAAGAUUAUGGAAGCUACCAUUACAAUGCCGGCAAACAUACGCCCUCCGCACAUCCUCCCUGAUAGGGACACAGCCAACGCCAUGACUCGCGGUCUGAUCGAGGUUUUCAAUAGGGCAGCCUUUGAGAAGUCUCUUGAAACAUGCUACUCGGAUCCCCUGGCAGCACAGUCCUCUUUUCUCUGCUUGUUGUAUUUGACCUUUGCCAUUGGCACAGUUCUUGGCACGCCACUUCCUGGCAGCAAGCAAGAUGCGAUCUUCAAGAAGCUCCGCGCGAGCGAGUAUGACCGCGCGGAGCUCUUUUUCCGAAGCGCAAAAGCCCUCGGUGACCCUAUCACGGGGUUCGAAGAUGCCGACUUCUGGUCUGUGCAAGCCUUGUCGUUGAUGUCUGUCUACAUGCUCGCGGUGUCGAAGCGCAAUGCGGCUUAUGCUUACUUUGGAAUGGCCGUUCGAUCCGGCUUUGCCCUCGGUCUGCACAGGGUACAAGAGAACCAUUUCAUCUUCAAGAGUCACGAGAUCAGACUUCGACGGAACCUCUGGAGAAGCCUGUUCGUUCUUGACCGAUUUCUUGCUGCUUCGCUUGGCCGUCCAGUAGCCAUCGACGAGGAGGAAUGUUCUACGGAAGCCCUAUUGGUGUUCGAGAAGAAUGCUCAGGGGGAAUUGGUCCGCGUCACGGACCCGAACGACGGACUUGACGCCGCCGUGCGGUCUUGUCGGAUCAUUGGACAAAUUCUAAAGAAGAUAUAUGCUCGGCGACGAAUAUCGGUCCGCCUGGCCCAAGAGAUUUGGGAACGGUGCAGCAGCUGGUACUCUACACUCAGCUCGGACUUGGCUGGAGGGAAAGUCGCUGCGGAUCCCGGCCAUCCGGCACAAGGCAUUGCAGCGCUCCACGUUAACCUGCUCUACUGCCACUCGAUACUGUUACUGACUCGGCCGUUCUUUCUCUGUCUGCUAAGCAAAGUACACGGAGAGCGAAGCGGUCUCAACUUACCAGUUCCUCGCUGGAUCCAUCGCAUGUCGAGGUACUGUGAGGCAUGUCUGCAUGCAUCCAGCCAGACGAUCAACCUUGUGCAAAAAGCAUAUGAGAGCAACUAUCUCCCACAACGCAAUCCCUUUGUUCUCUACUUCCUCUUUGCAGCUUCCCUCAUCAUUCUCAGCAACGAGUUCGCGGCGGUGUACCCCAACCCGGGCUAUGAAACCUCGAUAUCCAACACGAUCGCCAUCAUGAGUUACUGCGCCGCCAGUGACCCACAAGCUAACCGUCUGCUCUUCAUUCUUACAUCAUUCCGCAACGUUAUCUACGAGCUCCGGCAAAAGAAGACGGAGCAGCCGGCCAUGUCCGCUCCUCCAACAUUAUCGCCAACAUCAUUUCAAGACCCAAUCGGCAUCAUCUUCCAAUCUUCCAGGGUAUCGCGGAAAAACUCAUUUGCAACCAUUACCUCGGGACCGUCUGCGGUCGCGGUUAAGGCUAUGGCUCCGCCGCCUCCUUCCAUGAAGACGGAACACGGGUUUUCAACGCCGACAGGCCCUCCCGCAGGCCACUCACCUGCAGGGAGCACUCCCGGCAUGUCCCAGAGCGAACAGAGCGUCAGGAUGAGCGGUGACUCGGACACGGCCGACGGAGAGCUCGAGUUUGACCAGUUAUGGGGCUGGUCGGCUGUAUCCAACAUGGCAGGGGGAGCAGCCCCUCCGGCGCUGAUGACAGCGGCGACACCGCCAAACGCCCCCCCCGCGUUCCCAGGUCGCGGACCGGGCCAAGGGCACCAGGGAUUUCCAAGCUUCAUUGUACCUGGCGGUCAUAAUGGGAGUGGUGUUCCGGCGGUCGCGCCCUCGGGAUACGUGGCCACUCCCAACGUGCCAUUAUUUGUCCCGGCAGAGUAUUCAUAA